GACAAAUCUAGCACAUCCACAACCAUGCAACCCUCCCUUAUUCGCCGCCAGCUUGGUGGUCUUGUUCCCCCAAAGGUCGCUUCGCCUACUCUCCUCACCUCUGGCACAGGCUCUAGCCUCGCGCCACUCGUCAACUUCUACUCCAAGCUACCCAAGGGUCCCAGGCCCGCCUUCGCCUCUGGCGGUAUCAAGGGCCGCUUUUUCAAUGGCAAGAACGCGUCGGGUGCGCCGCUCGUAUGGCUUAUGGUUGGUAUCUUCGGUCUUGGGUACACCAUCGACUACCAAAUGCACUUGAAACACCACAAGAACCACGCCCACUAAGCGACGGCGUGCCAACUCGGGAACAGGGUUCGAAGAGCGGGGAUUGCUUGUGGACAAUACGAACGAGGCGUGCACAUGGCCUCCUCCUUGUCGAUGAAGCACCUGAUAUAGACAUACAUUCCCUCACAAAGCUGUCGAUGCAUCCAGUGCCUGUCUAUCUUCUUCCCAGUGGAAUGUGGCGAAGUGAACGCACCGCCUGACUUGGCAGGCCUCCAUGUUACAUUGAGGAGAACAGAGUGCUGUCAG